CUCUCUUUUACUCCAGCCGCCGCCGAGCCGGGUAAACCCCUCGUGUGCCAGUCCGCACCGAGAUUCCGGCGCGAACCGUCCUUUCUCGUCGUGGCGUCACGCCAAGUUCUAGAUGGAUGUCGCUGAUCCGCAUUAUUGUGUCAGCGAUUUACGUCGUCGCGCAGGUGUUCCUCGCUCGUCCAUCCUUUGUGGAAGGACGACAACAAGCGAGGAAUCUGUUACUGGGACAGACGUCGGGCCACCAUCACGGUACGCAGGAUGCAUCAUUAUCGGACAGUUACAAUAACAAUCACGAAUUGCCCCGAUUCGCCGAGGAAAUCCAGAAUGUGACAGUAAGCGUGGGACGUGAUGCUCUCUUGGCUUGCGUAGUGGAGAAUCUACAAAAGUAUAAGGUCGCGUGGGUGCGCGUUGACACUCAAACUAUAUUAUCGAUUCAUAAGAACGUAAUUACUCAAAAUCCCCGAAUUUCGCUAUCAUCCAAUGACCAUCGCUCAUGGUAUCUUCACAUAAAAGAAGUCCAGGAAGUUGAUCGUGGAUGGUACAUGUGCCAGGUAAAUACAGAUCCAAUGAAGAGUCGCCAGGGUUACGUACAAGUCGUAGUACCACCAUCAAUUAUUACGAAAGAGACCAGCACCGAUAUGGUGGUCCGCGAAGCUUCCAACGUGACGCUGACGUGCAAAGCGACCGGAUAUCCGGAGCCUUACGUCAUGUGGCGACGAGAGGAUGGCAAGAACAUAAAUUACAACGGUGAGAGUGUGAAUGUCGUGGAUGGCGAAGUGCUGCAUAUAGUGAAGAUAAGCCGCCUUCACAUGGGGGCUUAUUUAUGCAUAGCUUCAAACGGCGUUCCACCAUCGGUGAGCAAGCGAGUCUCGCUACGCGUACAAUUUCCACCUAUGCUCUCUAUACCAAAUCAGUUGGAAGGAGCAUAUAUUGGACAAGACGUUACUCUCGAGUGUCAUACCGAAGCUUACCCGAACUCGAUAAACUAUUGGACAACUGAACGCGGCGAUAUGAUAGUCUCUGGCAAUUCUGUUUCAGGCGACAAGUAUGAGGCGGUAUCCACCGACAGCGGCUACAACAAGUACAUGAUGCUGAAGAUAAGGAACGUUGGCCCGAAAGAUUUUGGCUCGUAUAAAUGUGUCGCACAGAAUUCUCUUGGCGGAACAGAUGGCGUUAUCAAGCUAGACGAAAUCCCAGCUCCAUCCACAACAUCUACGACGCAACCACCGUAUUAUGCAACAUCAUCGCACAAGAACGGUAAAAACGGUAACAAGAAAUCACGAGUACGACCUUUCGACUACGAGGUCGAGGAAUGGCGAAAUCCAGACUACGAUAGGGACUACGGUCAAGCAUCGAUGAGGCCACCGGGUGAACUGCCGGACGCUCAGAGCCCGGGCGUAUCCCAUCGAGCGCAGCUCGUCCUUCAUCUCUCUCUGAGCCUCCUGUCGUUGCUGCUUCCGGCCAUCAGAAGGUGAUUCUCACGUCGCGGGAACGGGGCUUCCAGUUCUAGUGUUUAUUGGUCGGUGACCGGACCGGAGACGGCUGGUGCGCGCGCGAUCACCGGUUUUCGGUGCGCCGUCUCCGGACAAGUGACGGACGAGUGCGACGAUGCAGGCCGCGCUUGAAAUUAUUUUCGUACUAAAACUAAACUUAUACAGAGAGCAAAGAAAAUAUUAUAUAUAUAUGAAUUUAAAUAUGGAUAUAUAAUAUGGUCGUAUAAGUAUGCGGUGGGUACGAAGCUGCGUUUAGACUUUCUCGACUGAUCGGCGCUCGUGUGUCGCCCAGUGAAUCGCCUUGGUUAUCCCGUGUGGACGAGCUUUUCGCGUUCCGACCGUCUCGCGAUGAUCUUUCCUACGGAAUCUCGAGAAGAGAUGCUGCGGUGCAAGUAUUGAAAGGGACUCGUCAUCCGCGAUGUCUUUCUACGGGGUGAUUCUUCGCUGAGUAUUUCGGAAUACAAGAACGCCGAAAUUUUACGCUGGAAACUCAGGAGAUCUCGAUGAGUAAGAAUUCUCGCCCAGCGUGUUCACCCCUUCUUUUCUACUGUAUCGGAAUGGCUAGAUUAGCGAAGCUUGAUAUCUCGGACACAGUUGAGACGGUAAAUCUUACGACGCUUCGACAAAAUUGUUCUGGUAUGGAUAUUUCUCUUGUAAUAAUACGCGGCUUCCAGAAAUGUUUUGAUUCACGAUCGGCGGUCUAUUGAUGUAACGUUCCCCGAAUACUAUUCAACUAUUCAUAAUUAUUGUCUGAAUGUAUUUUUCACUCAUAUUCAUUGGAUUCCAAUAUGCUGUGGUAAACAAUAUUUUAUGUAUUUUGCCACGAUUCGCCAAGCUAUUCAAUAAUCAUUAGAUGCUAAUUCAUUGUUUCCGUUCUGUUGGAAAAAAUCGAAAAAAUUCAACAGACCUUCUUAUUAUUAUUUUUAUUUGACGUAUGCAUUUUUAUCAUAUCACGAGGAAGACACGGGAACUGUAUUCAGUAAAUAUAUACGUACGUAUAAGACGGUAAACAAAAGUAUAAAUAAACGAAAAAAUAAAUAUAUAUAUAUA